CAAAACAGCCGCUCGGUUUCACGGUGAAACUGCGUGAUAAACAAUCCAGAAUACGCUUCUAAAACUCGCAAAAUCUACCCUAAAUGUUUGCUUUUGUUUACUUAUAAAGCACAUCGGACGGUAGCCUCUUUGUAGUAGCGAAAUAAACCGACCACUGUGGCAGGGUACAGACGAGGUCGGCCAUAUCCGAAUUUCUUGUCCUCUACAGCGGGAAGAAAGUGGAUGUAAACCCGAAGAUAUAAGGCUAUUCCCUCACAAUGAAUGGAGAAAUGGAGGCAACCACCCAAGACCAAGGUGGGAUUUUGACAAUAUGGGCUCAGGAUGACCUAUUAAAUCUACUGGAGUCGAUGAAAUUGGCCCUGCCUCAGAAAGACCUGACUAAAUACAAAACAUCAGAGUCCCACCUCGACUGGCAGAAGGUGGCCUUUAACUCCUUCACAGGAGAGAUGUGUAAGCAGAAGUGGCAGGAGGUUUCCAAAGAGAUUCGUAAAUUCCGGACUCUAACAGAACUCAUAUAUGAUGCCCAAGAUUACAUAAAGAACCCUUACAAGGGCAAAAAGAUAAAGAAACAUCCAGAUUUCCCCAAGAAGCCAUUGACUCCAUACUUCCGGUUCUUUAUGGAAAAGAGGGCCAAAUAUGCAAAGUUGCACCCUGAGAUGAGCAACCUUGACCUAACCAAAAUCCUGUCCAAGAAGUACCGAGAGCUACCUGACAAAAAAAAGAAAAAGUAUGUUGAGGACUUCUUACGAGACAAAGAAACAUUUGUGCACAGCAUGAUGAAAUUCAGAGAACUACACCCGGACCUUAUGGAGAGCAUGGCCAAGAAAGGUUCAAAUGCACCAGAGAAGCCCAAGACACCCCAACAGCUGUGGUACAACCAUGAAAAGAAGGCCGUCCUCAAGACACGCCCAGAUGCAACCACCAAAGACAUUAAGGAGAGUCUUGGCAAACAAUGGACACAGCUGUCUGACAAGAAGAGACUAAAAUGGAUUGCCAAGUCUCUGGAGCAGCAGAAACUGUAUGAGGAGACAAUGCGGGAGUACAUCCAGCAGCACCCGGAGUUAAACAUGACCCAAGGGGAUAUUGUCAAGUCCACCCUGACAAAGGCUGAGAGGCACCUGAAAGACAAAUCUGAUGGCCGACCUGACAAACCACCUCCAAAUGGUUACUCAAUGUUCUGUGCUGAGUUAAUGUCGAGCAUGAAGGAUGUACCAAGCACAGAGCGCAUGGUUAUGUGUAGCCAGCGAUGGAAGCUUCUGAAACAGAAUGAGAAGGACGCCUACCAGAAACGCUGUGAGCAGAGGAAGAAGGAGUUUGAAAUUAAUAUGAACAGAUUUCUCAGUUCUUUGUCAGAGGAGGAGCAAAACAGGGUUUUGUCCGAGGAUAAAUCCGGUUUUAAGAAGGGGGGAGCAAACAGUCCUGCAGCCAAAAAGAGGGCCUCUAGAGCAAAGGUCAAUCCAGAGAAACCCAAAAGGCCAAUUUCAGCCAUGUUCAUCUUCUCUGAGGAGAAGCGUCCCAAACUGCAGGCGGAGCGGUCCGAGCUUUCUGACAGUGAGCUCACAAGACUCCUCGCCCGCAUGUGGAAUGAGCUGCCGGACAAGAAGAAGGAGAAGUAUAAGCGCCUAGAAAUGGUCCUGAAGGCAGAGUCAGAGAAGAAGGAGAAGGAGGAUCGUAGUCGUCUGCCAGACCCACCCAAGACUGCACAGGACAUCUGGCAGCAGAGUGUCAUCGGAGACUACCUGGCCAGAUUCAAGAGUGACCGGCCAAAGGCACAGAAAGCAAUGGAAGCAACCUGGAGCACCAUGGAGAAAAAAGAGAAAAUGAUGUGGAUCAAAAAGGCAGCAGAAGACCAGAAAAGAUACGAGCGAGACCUGUGUGAGAUGCGCUCACCUGCCGCUGCCAUUGCCUCAGGGAAGAAGAUGAAGUUUGAGGGUGAACCCAAGAAACCGCCAUCAAACGGAUAUCAGAAGUUCUCUCAGGAGAUGCUGUCCAACGGAGAGCUGAAUCACCUCCCGAUGAAGGAACGGAUGACGGAGAUUGGCAGCCGCUGGCAGAGGUUAACGCUGAAAGAGAAGGACCGCUACAAGAAGAUCGCAGAGGAGAAGCAGAGACAGUACAAAGUCCAACUGGAGCAGUGGCUCGCUAGCUUGUCUUCACAAGAGAGAAACACUUACAAAGAAUAUAAUUCACAAAAAAGGAGAACUCCAGCCAAACCAGGAGGCCCCAAGGCAAAGGUCAAGAAAUCUGACACGGAGGAGGAGGACGAGGAUGAGGACGAAGAUGAUGAUCGUGAGAAGGCUUCAUCUGAGGCAGACUCAUCCAGUGAGGAUGAUGACGACGACGAUGAUGAUGACGACGACGACGAUGAUAAGGAUGAGGAUGAUGACGAUGACGACGAGGCGGAAGACAAGGAGAACAAGUCAGAGGACAGCAGCAGCGAAUCGAAUUCCCAGGAGUCGUCGGACUCUGACUCGGACUGAAACUGGUCGACGUCUACGUGAGACAGACUGAGCAGCGCUGAGCCAAGAGUCGAGGGAGCUCUGCCACUGUGCCAACCCAACUCUCCUCCCACCACCAGAGGGAGCCCCUGCAUCACCUCAUCCACUCACCCACUUUUUGUUUCCCUACUCCUGGAGGGACCUUGCCCUCAUGUCCAAAAUCUGUUUCAUUCCCUCCCCGGUUUAGCGAUCAUCUCACAAAACGGGCCACUGACGUUAUGCCAAAAACGGCAUCCCACUGGCAUGGGGAUGUCAUGAACUUCGGCCGCUGGUUUCAGUCCUGAAUUGCAGGUUCAGUGGUUUAAGGUUCGAGUUUUAAUGUUGAUGGCAAUUAAUAACCUUCCAGUGUUUGUUUUUUGUUGUUACUCUGGUAGUUAGUUGAAGACAGGCAGCAUGAGUUGUGAACGGGCUUCAUGGAGCCAAAGAACAGUAUGGUGGAUCACUCUAGGGAGUGAGAGGGAAGAGGGUGGGUGUGCAGGGUACUGAAAAAUUGCACUCUUUUUUUUUUUUCUUUUUUUUUUUAAUUCCCCAGAUUAUUGUCGUAUUGUUCUCUAUUCUCAAUUUAUGAUGUAGAUUUUAUCAUUUGGUUCUUAAAGAGGUGGUAUUUUUUCAGGAAAAAAAAUCAAGCCAUUUUGAAUGUCUUUUUGUUGCUGGAAAAUUUCAGUUGUUACUUACCCAUGUUCUCAUUUAAAAGAUUACUGUGCCUAUAUAAAGUAUUCACCCCCACUUGGACUUUUUAUGUUUAUUGUUUUAAGACAUAAAACCAAAAUGGAUGCUUUGGUACUCAUUAACAUAAAAAUUAGAACAAGUACUGCAACAUUUACGGGGGGAUUUACUUUAAUGCUUUCUAAUUGAGUUUCUUUAUCUUCACAGAGUAGUUUUUAAUACAAAAUAAGUUGUUGUUGUCUCCAGAUAAAGCUGGUCGCACUUUUAAUUUAGUGUGAUCUCUCCAUUCAGCUUAUAAAGAAACUGUUUGCACCGGUCAACACUCAUACAGUCAAUUAUUUACCCUUUUUUUUUUUGGAAUUUAACUUUAAUUUAAACUUAUUUUAGAUCAGUUCGUGAAGAUUUAUUUAGUUGAGUCAAAAAAGCCUAAUUGCAUCCACUGUGCUUCAGAGAUGUAAAACAAAAAAGGUUUAACAAAGGUGAAUAUUUUAUAGGCACUUCAUGAUCCAUUGUCAUGUGUCUGUCAUGAAAGGUGUCAUUUAUCAAAGUUAACUGACAUGGCUCGGACACAGUAAUCCAUCACAUCUGAUAUAAUUCAGUUUGACUCAGUUAAUUCUGGCCUGACAGUAAUACAGUGUUUCUUUGAAGGGAUACUUGUUUUCCACAUGUAGUGUUCAAUCUGAUUCUGUGUUUUUAAAGAAUAUGUCAUAGAGUUGGUGUAUGUUUCUUUUCUGAACCGUUGUUUCACGUUUACGGUUUCUUUGAAUAGUUAAUUGUUUUGUUGUAAGCAGUUGUGUUCUGAUCCAUCUGGAAUCAUUUUUUGGAUGUCAAACUGAAUGGUCAAUUUUUUUAUUUUAUUUUUUGAAUUUUUAAUGGUAUUUUGACUGCAAUCCAUAUGGGUUUUAGUCUGAUGCUUAAUCCCAAAAAAGUGUGCACUUAUUGUAAAUCUGUCCCUCUGUGUGAGUUUGUGUGCAUGCAUGCACAGAACCGUGUAUAUAUGAGGGUGUGAGUGUGUGUUUCUUUGCUUUAAUGUGUGCUGUUUUAACUGUUUUGCUGCAUACCGUGAUGUGACUGCAGCAGGCUUGUUUUUGCCUGUGUGGGGGGACGUCAUCCCAACACCAUGAAUGUAGAUAUUGUUAAAUCUUUACUUUUUUUUUUUUUUCUUUAGUACUUUUUCUGCUCGACACUGUUGUGUCAUUGGUUACCUGGAAACAGACUGACGAGACUUCCGUGAUUUGUCAUUUUGGGUCCACAGGCAGAUGAGUACAUGGCAAAUAGUAAUCGGUUUAGUAAUGGACUGAUUUUGACCAUUUGGAGUCUGAUUACUGUCUGAAACUUAAACCAGCACGGACUAUUUAAAUGAUUCGGGGAGGGAUUGAGAAAAGUGAUUUGCUGAUAUCAAUAGAUGGGAGUUUGUACAAGGGAUUUGGGGAACUGAGUUGCCAGAGGAAUUGGGGUUGAAAACUUGUAAUUUUUCCUGUAAAUACUGUUUUUGUAUUGAGUGCUUAUUGUUUUGUUAGUGCUUUAAUUUGGCAAACCCUCAUCUGUGACUUCAGAGGCUAGUGAGUUUUUUCACUCACGGGGGAGAGUUUUUGAUUUAAAUCACCUGUUUUAGUUGUUUUGUUUUUUUCUCUCCCUUAUGUUGGUUUAUAGAGAUAUCUAAGACAGCAAAGCUUUACAAGUUUGUACUGCUGGUCACUUGACAAAAUUUGAUGUUUUCUAUAGCUGAGGGUGUUCUUAUGUCCUUGUAGUUCCAGUAUUUGGGCAAAUAAAAAGGAUCUUUAA